AUGCGGAGUUUAAAAAUUAUAUAUGGAAUUCUGAGACACCUGAACAGUUCGAGGCUGGAUGGGUUGAGGUGGUAAACAGAGCUAACUUAACCGGUAAUGAUUGGUUACGAAAUUUAUACGAAAUUCGUGAGAGAUGGGUUCCCGCAUAUGUGAGACACACUUUUUCUGCUCACAUGACUACUAGUCAAAGAGCCGAAAUUACCCAUUCCUUCUUCAAGAGGUAUGUGUCUACGGAAAAUUCAUUGUUGGACUUUGUGACGCGGUUUGAGAGGGCACUUGCACGUAUACGGCAUAAUGAGUUGGAUAAGGAUCAUAAAGACGUCAAUGAGAGGCCAAAUUUAAAAACUAUGUACCCCAUGGAGUCGACAAUGAGUGAAUUAUACACAAUUGAGAUAUUCUACAUGUUUCAAGAUGAGCUCUUUCAAAAUACUGCUUAUAAGGUGAUGGCAACAAAUGAGGAUGAACAUCGGGUUGUGUACGCCAUUCAUAGGAUAAAGGGGAGUGGUUCGAGGGUUCGUGAGAUUGUGGUAGAUAAGUCGUCAAACCAUGUCCGUUGUAGUUGUAAGAUAUUUGAGUGUGCCGGAAUUCCUUGUCGGCACAUAUUGGCUUACUUUUCUAGAAUGCAAAUAGAAGAUUUGCCUAAUGAAUACAUAUUGGGGAGGUGGACAAAAUCUGCAAAGGCUAUGCGAGUUAAAGAUGACUUGGGUUCGGGCAUGAAAGAAAUAUGUGACACGUCUUUGUUAGAGCGGCGAAAUAGACUCUUUCAACUUGCUACUUCUUUAAUUGAUGAGGCCGUAGUAAUUGAGGAUGGAACACAAUUUGUGGAAGAACUUUUGAGUUCGGGUCAAAAAAAGCUUUGUGACAUGAAAAAAGUAAGUGAACAUGGUGAAGGGAGUGCUAUCCAAGUGCCAAUUAGUCGUGACCAUGGUUUGAAAGAACCGCUUCAAGUGAGGGCAAAGGGUUGUGGUAAACGACUCAAGGGAGGGAAAGAGAAGGCUGCCAAGAAGACUAGGCGUUGUCACGGUUGUGGGUUAACAGGGCAAUCGCAUGACAAAAGGAAUUGUCCAAAACUUCUCAGCACCUCUUCGCAAAAUGCUAGGUUGAAUGACGAAGACGAAGACGAAGACGACGACGACAACGACGGCAUUGACAAUGCUGAUCCCGAUGAUUGAUGGAUUUGUGUAGCAGUUUAGAACUGCUAUUGUCACAGUUGGGAAAACUACUGAUGUUUCAAAUAUGGAGUUCUCUGAAAUACCCCUGCUGCAUGGAAGCAUUUUUGGACUGAUAUAGAUUUGUAAAACUGCAUUCUGAAGCCGGAACUUUUGGCUCUGAAUGAGCUCUUUUUGUUUUUUUACCUACGCCUAAUUUGUAUCAAAUUUUAGUUGGAAUUUUAAUGUAUUGAAAGCAAAAGAGUUAUGUCCCAUUUCUUGUUUCAUAGCAUUAGUAUUGAGCUAUUUAGGAGCCAAGAA